UGUUUGCGGAAGCGCGGUGCCGCGUCAGCAACGCGCCCCGUCAGCUCCGGCCGCCUCUCCGCACCUCCACUCCCUCCUCAGAGGGGAAAAAAACGAAACCAAACCCCGAGCCGCACUCCGCCGUGCUCUCAUGACACCGCGUGUCCGCGUCCAGCGGCCCCAAGCCGCCAGGGACCGCGUUUUUUAGCGGCCCGAUCGAGGCCUAGCCGCGCUGGGAAAGCCUACGGGCUUGCCUCUACGGCCUGCGGCAAAAGACGCGAGGGACCACCCCGCACCCUCCUCCUCCCGUCGGUCGCCCGCCUCUUCCGCGGGGCCUUUAACUCGACCGGGUUCGCCUUGGACUUUGCUCGCGGCUGCUGCUCGAGCGGCUUCGGCAGCGAGGAUGGCGACCACGUCUCCAGAAGCCGUCAAGAAAUUGAUCGAGCACAUGCAGAGCGAUUUGCGGGCGCUGUCCAUGGACUGCAAGAAGAAAUACCCCCCCGUGAAAGAGGCUGCAGAAUCUGGGAUUGUGAAAAUUAAAACCAUUGCUGGAAAGAAUAAAGACAUCCUUAAAGUUCUUAAAGAGAACAGUGCGGAAGUGGUGCAGCCGCUUCUCAUGGGCUGUGGCACCAAGGAGCCCAAGAUCGCACUGCUCUGCCUGACCUCGAUCCAGAGACUCCUCUCACAUGAUGUCGUGUCUGAGGUGGCAGCUGUGAAUCUCAUCAACACGCUGUGGCAGCUGAUGGAGAAUGGGCUCGAAGAGCUCAAACUGCUGCAGACCGUCCUGGUGCUGCUUACGUCCAACACGGUCGUGCAUGACGAAUCUCUGGCUAAGGCCAUCGUGCUCUGCUUCAGACUGCACUUCACCAAGGACAACAUCACCAACAACACAGCUGCUGCUACCGUACGGCAGGUGGUCACGGUGGUCUUCGAGAGAAUGGUUGCUGAGGACCAGCUCGGUGCAGGUUUGGUGACUAUUGAUGCAUCCAGUCACAUUGUUGGAAACAAUACGAGAAAACCGCCUACCUCUUUUAAACCAUGUGCCAAGGAUGCUUACCUGCUGUUCCAGGACCUGUGCCAGCUAGUGAAUGCGGAUGCACCAUUUUGGCUGGUGGGCAUGACUGAGAUGACCAGGACAUUUGGCCUGGAGCUCCUCGAGUCUGUCCUCAAUACCUUUCCACAGGUGUUUCUACAGCACAUGGAGUUUGCCUUCCUGCUGAAGGAGCGCGUGUGCCCCCUGGUCAUUAAGCUGUUCUCACCCAACAUCAAGUUCCGCCACACUUCGGGAUCAUCGUCAUCCUCGCCCGGGCCCAGCGAAAAGCCCUACUUCCCCAUCUGCAUGAGGUUGCUGCGCGUCGUCUCCAUCCUCAUAAAGCACUUCUACAGCCUUCUGGUGACGGAGUGCGAGAUCUUCCUGUCGCUGCUCGUCAAGUUUCUGGACGGGGACAAGCCGGCCUGGCUACGCGCGUUGGCCGGGGAGUCCCUGCACCGCCUGUGCGUUCAGCCCAGGCUGCUCAGGUGCUUUUGCCAGUCUUACGAUAUGAAGGAGCACUCCACCAAGGUGUUCCGUGACAUCAUCAAUGCGCUCGGCUCCUUCAUCCAAUCGCUCUUUAUAAACUCAACCUCGGGGGGUGCGUCCUCGGGAUCCGUGGGGCCACCAACUGCCCAGACGGCUGGGAGCACGGCAGGCACCCAGGGGGGAGCAGCGGCCGCCGGGGGCCCCAUGGGGGGCGUGACCCCGCAGCCGGCUUUCGAAUACCGCGGCGUGUGGAUCCCCAUCCUCAGCGUGGCCGUGCAGGGCACCACGCGCUCCAUCUACCUGGAGAUGUUGGAUAAGGUGGAGGCCCCCAGCAUCCCGGAUGGAUACUCCAUGUCGGUGGCCUUCAGCUGUCUACUAGACCUGGUACGGGGGGUGACGAGCAUGAUCGAGGCCGAGAUGGAGGACGAGAAGGCGGGGAAGGCUGUAGCUGGCGCUGCGAAGGGCGACACCAUCAAAUCACCAAACAGAGCCGUGUGGGAGGAGAUGGUGAAUGCGUCUUGGUGUGGACUUCUGGCUGCCCUUUCACUGCUCUUAGAUGCAAGUACGGACGAGACGGCCACGGAAAACAUUCUGAAAGCGGAGACGGCGAUGUCUGCACUGAGCGGCAAGCUGCACCUGAAGACGCCACGCGAUGCCUUCAUCACAGCCGUGUGCAAGGCCUCUCUCCCGCCGCACUACGCCCUUACGGGCCUUAACACCACCGUCACGGCGACUGUCAGCAAAGCGUACUCCAUCCAGGGCCAGUCGGUGUUGGCCAUCAGUCCGACGAGCGAGUCUCACCAGCAGGUGGUGGCCAUGGGACAGCCUCUCUCCAUGCAGGUGCAGGGCACCGUUGUGCUGACAAGCAAGAACAUGCAGUCGAUGCGCACGCUGCUCAACGUGGCUCAUUGCCACGGCGCGGUGCUCGGCUCUGCCUGGCAGCUGGUGCUCUCCACCCUGCAGCACUUGGUUUGGAUCCUGGGACUGAAACCAGCAGCUGGGGGAGCUCUCAAGCCUGGAAGGACAUCUGAAGGACCCAGCACGGUGCUGACGACAGCAGUCAUGGCUGACCUGCCGGUCAUCUCUAACAUGCUGUCUCGACUCUUCGAGAGCUCCCAGUACUUGGAUGAUGUGUCUCUCCACCACCUCAUCAACGCGCUGUGCUCCCUGUCCAGCGAGGCGAUGGAGAUGGCUUACGGCAACAGCAAGGAGCCGUCCCUGUUUGCUGUCGCCAAGCUGCUGGAGACGGGGCUCGUGAACAUGCACCGCAUUGAGAUCCUCUGGCGGCCGCUCACGGGACAUCUCCUUGAGGUGUGCCAGCACCCAAAUGUGCGUAUGAGGGAGUGGGGAGCCGAGGCAAUUACAUCGCUCAUUAAGGAAGGACUCGCCUACACCCACACACCCCCACUGUCAGAAAACCAGAGGUUACAGGCCAUGCUGCUGCUCCCGCUGCGGGAGCUGUCGUCCAUCACGCACGGCGACAUCCGGCAGAAGCAGCUGGAGUGCAUGCUGCAGCUGUUGGAGAGUAAGGGGGAGAGCCUGGGACCUGGCUGGCCACUGCUACUCGCCGUCAUUGGGGCUAUUCGCAACGACCAAGGGGAGUCUCUGAUCCGCACCGCAUUCCAGUGCUUACAGCUGGUGGUGACGGAUUUCCUGCCGACCAUGCCCAGCUCGUGCCUGCGCCUGGUUGUGGAGGUGGCAGGCAGCUUCGGUCUGCAGAACCAAGAGCUCAACAUCAGCCUCACAUCUAUUGGCCUCCUUUGGAACAUCUCGGACUACUUCUCGAGGCGACGGGAGAUGGUUGAACAUGCGCUGGAGCAAGAGGAAGCGCAGAAGCUGAAGCGGCGCACCGCCGAGAAGGACGGGAAACACGAAGAAGAGGAGGAGGAAGAGGAGCAGCAGGGUCUUGACGAGAAGGGGGCAGAGACGCCCUUCGCUGCGGCGCCGCCGUUUGACCGCCUGUGGCUGACGCUGUACUCGCGCCUCGGCAUGCUGUGCGUGGACCCGCGGCCCGCCGUGCGCAAGAGCGCCGGGCAAACCCUCUUCUCGACCAUCGGUGCGCACGGCACGCAGCUGCAGCAGUCCACGUGGAACGUGGUGCUCUGGCAGGUGCUGUUCCCGCUGCUCGACAAGGUGCGCGAGUCAGCCAAGACGGCGGACAAGGAGAAGAUCGACUCGGGAAGUGCCAACAUCCUGAUCCACCACUCGCGGGAUACGGCCGAGAAGCAGUGGGCCGAGACCUGGGUGCUGGCGCUGGCUGGAGUAGCGCGGAUCUUCAACACGCGUCGCAAGCUGCUUAAGGCGCUCACGGGCGACUUCUCGAAGGCGUGGAACGCCCUGCUGGACCACAUCCAGGCGGCAGCAUUGAGCCGCAAUGGCGAGGUGUCGCUGGCGGCGCUUAAGAGCUUCCAGGAGAUCCUGCAGAUCGUGCCGCCCCAGGGCCGUGAGGGCGAGCGCGACGAGGGCCUUGUCUCAGCGCUCGACACUGCACAGUUGCCGGGAAUGCCCCCGGCGCUCGGCCGCAGCGACUCACUGGUGGACGGUGGCGACGGGGCGGACGGGCCAAGUGGCGACGACGACGCGGAGCUGUGGUGGGCGGCGUGGCUCGCGUGGGUGCGCAUCGGCGGCGAGAGCACGCAGCCCCCGUGCGACGGCGAGCGAGCCACCUUCGUGCCCGGCCAGCUGUAUCUGGCGGCGCUCGUGCACAUCUUCCCCGCGCUCUUUCGCCACGUGCGGCCGCGGUUUGGCAUGGCGGAGAUGCGGUUGCUGGGCGCGAUCAUGUACGGCGCCGUCUCGGUGCCCAUCAGCUCGGACGUGUCGCCCUUCCUGUUGCCUUCCUUCACGGAGGCCAUACUCACGGCGCUGCAGGAGGCUGUUCUCGGAGCUCUCACGCUCCUGCAGAAGGCCAUCUGCACUGGUCCUGAAAGCAUGCAGGCUAUGUACCCGGCCAUCUUCCAGCAGCUGCUCAAGUUUGUGGCGUUUGCCUGCGUACCACCGCAGUACGGCAAGCUGGAGACCAAGAACGUGGCCAACGCAAAGUACAAUCAGGUCCAACUGUUUGCCCCGGCGGAGUGGGUGGCCAUGAACUAUGUCCCGUUUGCGGAGCGCGCCCUGGAGCUGGUGGUCGAGCUGUACCAGAAGACGGCGUGCCACAAGGCGGUGGUCAACGAGAAUGUCCUGCAGGAGAUCAUCAAGACGCUGCGAGUGCCACUAAGCAUGAAGUACACGUGCCCGUCGGAGAGUACCUGGCGGCUGGCGGUGACGUCGUUGCUGCGCGUGCUGGCCGUGGGGCUGCCAGUCGCUCGGCAGCAUGCCUCCUCUGGAAAGUUUGACGCCAUGUGGAGCGAGCUGGCCGCAACCUUCCAGGACUUCCUCUUCACCAACAGCACUCCACCGGAAAACCUAUCUUUGCAAGAGUUUCAGAAGAAUGAAAGCAUUGACGUUCAGGUGGUGCAGCUCAUCGGCACAGACAUUCUACCCCACGCGCUCUUCAUCCCUAAGGAAUUUGUCAACCAGAUAAUGAGCAUGCUUAACAAAGGCUCCAUCCACUCACAGUCCACCUCCUUCACCGAGGCGGAGGUUAGCUACCGCAUGCGCGAGGAGUUCUCCAAGGUGUGCUUCGAGACGCUGCUGCAGUUCUCGCUCAGCGGCAAGGCGACGAGUGCACAGGAGGGCUACAUCUCGCGCAUGGCGCUCGCCGCGCUGCUACAGCGAGCGCAGCAGGUGCUCGCCAAGUACGUGGAGGACGAGCGACUCAGCGGCUCCUGUCCCCUGCCCAGGCAGAGGAUAACAGAAGUAGUUUUUGUAUUAAAAGCAACAAGUACACUAAUGGAUUCGUUGAAAAAGACUCGACCGGAAAAUGUGGACAUGAGCAUGUGGGAGCAGGUGAUAGCGCUGUACCCGACGCUGGUCGCGUGCGUGUCGUGCACGUGUCCGGAUGUGUGCCUGGCCCUCCAAGAGGCCAUGCAUCCUUUCCAAGACAUGCUGCGGCCACCACCCUGCAAGCUGCAGAACGGAACCUCGUGAUUGGAACGCAAGGCUCCGCGUGCACUACACACAAUAGCACUGCAGUCACCGCGCCGGUCCGGUGCUGCGAUUCCGUGCAACGCCACCACGCCCUGCGCUCACUGCUGUAGCCGCACGUCACCAGGCCCGUUUAGGAAAAAAAAAAUCCACGUCUUAACUCGCCCACGCUCCUUCCGUUUGCGACUCAACUGACCAGGCUGUAACCACCAGCGUCUGUGCCGCAUGACGUGAUUCAGCCCAUUCCAAGCAGAGUCACACUACGCUGUGAUGCACUGUCAAAGAGAUACAACAAUAAUCUGGCUGCAGUAAGGUGCAUACACCGCACACAUGUGGCACAUUUGAGGUCACAGUGGGGAAAAUGGUGGUGGGGGGGGGGAUGCCAAAGGACUUCUUUCGAAAUCUUUAUUCAUGAAGCGCCUGAGCCGGUUUACACAUUCGGGAGUCUCAUUUUGUGUCUUUAUCAGACGGAACCGUAAUGUCGAGCAGGCUGUUGCUGGGGUUCAUCCAAGCUGGCUCAAAAGUAACUAAAAAAACAUGUUAGGGAGUAUUUUUGUGUGCAAUCUCCACAUUGUCCUCUUUCAAUCCAGUUAAUUCGAUGAUACAUAAUGGCUGUAUCAUGCCUUGUGUUCAAAACGUCUUAUUUAAUGGCAUAAUUUCCAUUAAGGUUUUUAUACAAUCGGUUGUGUUUUGAGAGUACAAGGUUAAUUAACAUAACCGCUUGUGUAAAACCUUACAUUGCUCAAGGCUUUUUUUAUACAGGUGGUUGUCUUUUCACAGUGCAAGCUCAAUCAGAAGUCGAGCAGAUUGAGGGUGGGUGAGAGGCAGGGGAAUGCUGACUUCAAGUCAGUAGUGACACUGGUGUUGGGUAUGGGAAAAGAGCACUACAGUUUUGUUUUUAUAAAUAGUAGUUAACUACCAAAUGACUAGAAUUUAAAGGUUGGGGCGUGAUAAGUGCUCCAACCAGCUGGUACUUGGUGCCCAUUGCAGCUGGUUUAGCUGGUUUGUUAAUGUUGGUCUAUUUGAAUGGUGUUAAUACAGUAUUAGGCUGAUGUGGAAAAAGCCAGUUACUGUAAUUGUAUAUUAAAGCAAGUACAGUUGUCUGUGUGUCUAUCAUUAAAUGUAUUUUGACUGUCAA